AUGGUAACAGGGGGUUGUCCUCCUCUUGUUCCUCUAGCCCCUCAUCCUGACGGAGGAGUGGCAGUUUCUAUGGUGACAAAUGGAGGCGUUACACUUGAAGACAUGCUGGGGUUUGUGGCUGCUCUGGCUCUAGUGAUAGGAGGUGUCAUGCCUACUGGAUUAUCUCCCGCUCCGCUGGUGUUGGUGGUAGAGGAGGCGGUUCCACUAGAUGUAUUGAUCACAUUCUGCACGUUUUGGUGUCCUAGAAACACUUCGGUUAAUCAAAAUAAAUCUGAAAUGGAAAAUUUAAGAAAUGAAAACAAUUUUCAGAAAAUUCCUUCGAUUGAAUUACCAGAUGAUUUGUUUGAAAAAAGUUUAGAUCCAUGGAAGUUCUCUCUUAUAAGAAGGCUUGAUUUACAGAAGAUUAAGUUUGUAGAUGUUGCUAUUAUUCUAAGAAGUCAAUGGAAGUUACAGGGUGAUUGUCGUUUAAUUCCUUUGGGCAGGGGCUUUUUCACUAUUAAGCUUGAUAAUGAACAGGAUAAACAGCUGAUUAAAUCACAGAGGUGGGAAGUUUUGAAUCAAAUAUUACAAGUUAGAAAUUGGAUUUACAAUUUUCGUCCAGCAAGUCAAAGGACAUCCAAAGCAAUGGUGUGGGUUCGUUUUCCUGGAUUGGGUUUGGAAUUUUGGAAUGAAAGCAUUUUGUUUAAAAUAUGCAGAGAAUUUGGCACACCAAUUAAGAUUGAUAAUGCUACAUCAAGAUGUGAAGUAGGUUAUUAUGCUAAUGUUUUGGUAGAAGUUGAUUUUGCACAACAUAUUCCUAAUAAGGUGUGGAUUGGAACUAAAUGUGGUUUUUUUUUUCAAGAUGUUCUUAUUCCUGAUUGUCCUAAAUACUGCUCCAACUGUAAAAUUGUUGGUCAUCUAAAUACUGAAUCUUGA